CGAGCACCUCUCUUACCAGCAUUCAUUCUGCAAAAUAAGUAAAAUAUCAAUUUGAAAGAUGUUCCAAAAUAGUGCUGCUAAACUUUUGGUUCCAGCAAUGCGUGGAGCAUUGCAAAGGCGAUGCCAAUCGGUUGUUUCCGGUCCACCCACAAAACACGUCUCCACUGCUGAGAAAGUGAUCCUUGGUGGUGGCAUGUGUGCCGCAUCCCUGUUUAUUCCGGCUUGGGUCCUCUACCACAUCCGUGACUACAAAGGUGGAAAAUAAGCUGGAGGAUCAACAGUUUAGAUUGCGUUCGAACUGUAGAUAAAAUGAUGCUUACAAAUAUAAAGUCAAAGUAACCAAAAUACAUUUAACUUAACUACAAAAGACGCAGCA